AUGGCGACCACGGCAAUCGACAUUGUCAGCAACGCCGACCCAGACCUCCUCCGGCCACGCUCGCGCAAGCCAGUCGCCGCCGCUGACAGCAACCUCAGCAUCCCCGACAGCAUUGCGAGCACCGCCACCAGCGGCCGCUCGACACCCGUCCCCGACAAUGCGCCUCCCUCCAACAAGGCCCUCUCCUCGGCCCGCAAGACACUCCGCGCCGAGCAGCGCGCGCAGCAGCAGCGCCGCCGCAUCUUCCCCACGACCGACUUCACCUCGCGCCUCUCCCACCUCGACCCCGACUCCGACUAUCGCGACUUUCACGGCUUCUUCAACCUCUUUUGGAUCGGCCUCGCCAUCAUGGGCAUCACCACCAUGCUCCGCCACAUGAAGGACACGGGCUACCCGUUUUCCUUUGCCAUCUGGUCCCUCUUCACCGUCAAGCUCUGGCACCUUGCCGUUGCCGACUUUCUCAUGGUCGCCACUACGGCCGUGUCUUUGCCACUUCACCGGCUGUUUCGCGCCGCGCCGCAGAACGGCUUCUGGACGUGGCGCCGGGGCGGCGUCGCCCUGCAGAGCGUCUACCAGGCCGUCUGGCUGGCCGUCUGGGUCGCGGUUCCGUUCUGGCUCGAGUGGACGUGGACGGCGCAGGUCUUUUUGCUGCUGCACACCAUGGUGCUGCUCAUGAAGAUGCACUCGUACGCAUUUUACAAUGGGCACCUUUCCGAGACGGAGAAGCGCCUGCGUAGGCUGGACGCUCCGACGGCGCGUGGCACAAAGGAGCGGUCGCCGCCGUACAUUUACCCUGUCGCCGCGGCGAGCCGUCGCUCUAGCAAGGCCGGCCUCGCCGUGGACCUCGGCGGUGGCACAGAGGACAUUCAUCUGCAUCAUGGCAACAUUGACGACAAGCAGCAGCAACAACAGCAGCCGACGACGCCGCCAACCUCGCCCACCACCAGCCGUGCCAAGUCCAGCUCGGCGCCGCCAAAGCCAGAGCCGUCCGCCGACAUCAAAAGGCCCAGUCCCACCCGUGAAUGCGACUCGGACGACGAGAUUGAGCUCCUCCGCGACGCCCUCGCCCGCGAGCUCACCUCUCCCAUGGGCCACGUUACUUACCCUCACAACCUUACAUGGGCCAACUACACUGAUUACCUCUUCUGCCCGACCCUUUGCUACGAGAUUGAGUACCCGCGCGUCGCGACCAUCAACUGGACCUCGCUCAUUUCCAAAAUCGUCGCCGUCUUUGGCUGCAUCUUCCUCCUCACCAUCACCUCGGAAGACUUUAUACUCCCCGUCCUCGUUGACGCCGAGGCCCGUCUCGCCGCCCUCCCCGCUGCCGCCACCCUCUCCUCCUCCUUUGCCGAGACGGGCCUCGUCCUCGCCGAGACCAUCUCCUGGCUCCUCUUUCCCUUUAUGCUCACGUUCCUCCUCGUCUUCCUCGUCAUUUUCGAGUACGUCCUCGGCGCCAUGGCCGAGAUUACUCGCUUCGCCGAUCGUCGCUUCUACGCAGACUGGUGGAACUCGACCGACUGGAUGGAGUUUUCUCGCGAGUGGAACAUUCCCGUCCACGCCUUUCUCCGCCGCCACGUGUACUCGGCCUCGCGCCCGCUGGCCGGCCGCGGCGGCGCCACCGCCAUUACCUUUUUCAUCUCGGCCAUGGGCCACGAGAUUGUCAUGGCGUGCAUCACGAAAAAACUUCGCGGCUACGGCUUCGUCUGCCAGAUGCUGCAGCUGCCCAUUGUCAUGCUGCAGCGCACAAAAUGGGUUCGCGGAAAGAGGACCCUCAACAAUGUCUGCUUCUGGUCGUCCAUGAUCAUGGGCCUCUCCAUGAUAUGUGCCCUCUACGUACUGCUGUGA